GUCAUAAUCAACCACUCUAUUAACUUUCAUGAUCCUAGGUCCAAUCGUUUUUGAGUCACAUCCGGAAACGGUUUCACUGUUCCGGGUCACUGUGACAUUGACCUUUGACCUACUAACCUCAAAAUUAAUCGGAGUCAUCUGACCAACCUCCCUAAUGUACUUCCAUGAUCCUAAGCCUAUAUAAGCGUUCUUGAGUUCUCAUCCGGAAACCGAUUGGUCUACGGACCGACCGACCGACCUGCAUCUGCCCUUCUGUUACGGUAUACAACGUAUUGAGUUUGUUUAAUUACCGAGAAAACUUAGAAUAGAAAACAUACUUCAAACAUAUCAUUGGGUCAAGAAGUCGUCGUAAUUCGCGUAGUAAGGAUGAUUCGGGAAUAUUUUAUUUGAGCGUAUCGUAGAGGGGCAUGGAGAAAGAGAGGGGAUGCGGGCGGGUAGGUGCAUUGCAAAUCAUUAUAUGGCAAAAUGUUGCAAUUUUUUCGACCAUGGAUGUCAUUCAUAUCUUACAAAACUUGCAUUUUAACUUUUUUCUCUUUUAUUUACAUUUUGUUUGAAGCUUUUCAAGCGUAAGUCAUUCUUUGGAAAUAAAAUACUCAAAAUAUACUGUAUAUAUACUGAUAGAUAAUAGGUUCGGGAAAAUACCACUAUAAUAUCAGGCAUACUUAGAAUUACUAUGUUUAUCCUGAAGAUCGGGUUACGUCACAGUGAAGGUAGAGAGACCUGAGCUACACAUAAGAAGUCUACAAAUCAGCUGAAAUUGUUAAAAACAACUACUUUUUACCAAGACUGAUAGCACGAUUUACUUCUGACAAUAUUGAUAAUACUAUUGUGAUUUAAUUCAAAAUUAUUUAUACCUUAUUGCAUAUGUUUCUUCUUGUAGGAAUAUGUAGUCUUCAUGUUUAUCGGAAGUACAGAGCUAUGCGUAAUCAGACACGUAACAAUGUGGAGGUCAGGGAAUUUCAGACUGUAGAAUUGGACGAGAGAAGAGCUGCUAGAACUACUUCGACAGUAUCAUAUGCGUACGCACGAAACACUUCAGGCGAAUAUGAUUAUAUUAGAGACGCCGAUGUAGUCAAUACAUAUCUUGAGCUGAUUGAAGAAGAACCAUAUACGAGAGCAGAUGAGUAUAUAGAUCCACAUCCCUAUAGAAAAAUUGACAAUGCAGAAGAUCAAUCAGAAAUCAAAAACGACAUACCUGUAAACGACGACUUUGAAAAUCAAAUGGAGAAAAACAUUCAGUCAGAUGAUAUGGGAACUCAAGAUGUAGUCAACGAGCUUGAGAGUGACCUGGACGGCGGAAACAUAGAUCCUGCACACAGAACGCAAAACAGAAAAGAAACACAAGAAGAAUCAAUGUCUUCUGCAAAUAAUGAUGGGAAUAUCGCUGAGCACUCAACGAGCAUUGAUGGCGGAUAUAUACACGCAGUAUGGACCGAGGAAAUUGACACAGGAAAAUUCGAAAGUACGAAAAUCGACGGGCCACUUGAACCAGAGGCUGAAAAGUUCAAAGGGGCAAUUGAUGAAAAAACUCUCGAAGGGGUAUCUCCGGGACAAGCAGACUUCUUCUCGGACAAGGACGAUGGACAAAUGCAUCCAGAAGAGAACCAAGAAUUUGCAUAUGGGACAUGUCAGGAGAAAACUGUUACAAUUUGCGGACAGGAAUUUGAGACAAAGGAAAACGAAGGAAAACUCGAGGAAAUGACAGUCGAAGGGAUAUUUCCCUCCAGGGAGUGCAAAUAACCUGUAGACCGAAUGACAAAAGAGAGUUGUAACGACGUAAAGGUUUGAAGAACUUGAAUUAAUCGUACAUCAGUCACAUACUAGUGUUACGCUAGAUCUUUCUUUAUGGAGUUUUAUUUCUUUAUAUGCGUAUUUUACAAAUUGUACAAAGAUUGGACAAUAUGCCAUUGUAUCAUGUAUUGUUCACAUUUGUUGUUAUGAUGUACAUAGGUAGCUGAUCUUCUACAUUUUUUUAUAUAAAAAUUUAAAAAAUCCGAAAGAUGUUAUCUAUAUUAAUUACGGUAGUGGAGCCGUAAUGACAAUCAGUUACGUAUUUGCAUUAUGCAAUUUCGGCAUUCAUUCUCCAAAUGGUAUGAAAGAUAUUUUGCCGAAACAUGCCGAAAUUGCAUAUGGGAAAUACGUAAACGAACGAAAAUGUAUUGUCAUUAGGGGAACAUUAACUUAAUUAAAGAUGGUCCGUCGGAUGUUGGACAUGCUAUGGAAUUGAAUGAAAAUACUUGGAAGAGAGCACCGAGUGUUUCAGUAAUAUUAGAAACCUGCAUGAAACAUAUUUAAAUUUUAAUUGUAUUUACCUUGCUGACCAUCAUUAGUUAUCAAAUAUAGAUUAAAUCUAAGAGAAACAUGUUCUGUUAUUUAAAUGAUUUAAAGAAUGUUGAAAAGACUGUAAAAAGUAAUAUACAUCAGAUUAAAAAAAAACAAAAAAACAAACAAAAAAAACAUCAUUAUAACAAAAUUAUAUACCAUUUAAACCAUGUAAAAUAUUGAGACAACUAUGUGAGUGCAUUUUUAUAUCAUUUAUUUUUGUAAGUUUACUAUAAUUUGAAUACAAGUUAUCUAUAUUGUGUAUGUUCUCAAGGUAUCGUUCAAGAUGAUCCAAAACUUAAUUGUAUAUAAAUAUGUGAAACUUGACAAAUAUUCAGACUUCUUUCUUUCCGUUUUUGCUUUUCAAAUUUAUUUUGUUUGUUGUUUUCUUCCUCCUUUAUAUGAGGUAUUGACAAUAGUUCAGUGUAAAUUGCUGAUCACCAUAAUAUCAAUAAUUUGGCAUGCUUCCUUAUUCGCAAUAUAUUUAACAUUCCUGUAUUAAAUGAACUCAACACAAAAGUAAGUGAUUUUUAGUGUACGGAAAUGCCUGUAUAAUACAAUUUAAAAGCUAAAGUGGCGAGCCUUGUACUAAAGAUACACUUCUUUGAGUAAUUGAUAUACUUGGGGAGUGAUACCGCGCCUGGUUUUAUAACUCAUAUGCACUGAAAAUUAUUUUGAGAUGUUAAUUUCUAUCAUGGCCUCUUGUUAGAUGUAGCCAGUUAUGAAAUAUAAGACAUAUUUAUUCUACAGUGCGAUCUUUGCAGUCAUGGAUUUACAGUUUUUACUUUUCCUCAUUUGUUUUGUUUUCUUGUAUCGUACAGUAUAUCGCAUAUACGGAAUAUUAAUAAUUGUUUGAUAUAUGUCUGUCUCAAAUAUUUUCGGAUUUGAGCCGUUUAGAUAGUUUACCUCAAUUAUACCGUGUUCACACUAGCAGAACGGUUUUAUUUUUAUUAGGCACUAAUUGGCUAUAAUUGGUAUUUGACAUUCAAAACCCAUCAAAAUAUAAUCUAGUUUGCGUCCACACUAGGCAAAGAAAUGUGGUUUAAAUAUAUACAUGCAACGUUGGAAGUUAACAAAUAUCUUGCAAUAAGCAAAAAAGGUUACAAAGAAUUGAGGCUAACAGAAACAAGAAGGGGUCAUCAAUAUCUAAACUUCUGUGUUCAUCUAAGAAUUUCUGUUCAUUCCAUCUAUUGUCCAUUUUGAGCGUCAGCAUGACUCCAUAUCGCAAUUUAAUGUUUUUGUUUCAACAACAGUCCAAUUACUUUUGCCAGUCACAGCAUCGAUUGUUUGAUACAAAAGAGAAACACAUGGUAUUCUUCCUCCAAAAGGUAAGAUAUGUGGAUUUGGGAUUGUAAAACCAGUUAUAACCCACAUUUGCGUUCACAUUUGUAAAAUAAUGUAGCAUUACUUUUUAAUGUAGUAUUAAAACCACCUCCCGAGGUAGUUUUAAUGCUACAUUACAGAAACCACUUGACCUUUACAAAAUUCACGUUUUACACCACAUAUAGUGUGGACGCAAACGAGUUUAAAAAAUAAACCCAAGUUAAUGUAGGAUUAAAAACGUAGUCUGAACACGGUAUUAGAGGUGGUUAUAUGGGAUAUCAAUCCGGUUUGGACAAGUGAUACACUUUCGACCGUUUAUAAAUACAUUUAGCAACGGCUCUGUAUAUAAAUCGGCUACCGCUGACCAAUGUAUUUUUAUCAUCAUAAUUAGCUUAAAACUAUAUUCUGCAUUGUUUUUAAAUUCAUGUUAUGUAUGCAUUUGUUUUAAUUAUGUGUUUUAAAUACUGUAUUACUUUCUUUCUAGUACGAAAAUUGUUAAACUUUAUAUGAGAACCCAACACAAAGAUAGAUUUCAUAAGUUCCACAAUUUUAAUAUAUCACGAAGAGUUGCCAAAGUUAAUAUUGCAUUAUGAAAAGGGUAAUGCAUUCAACCUUGUAAUAAAGUUGCUUACUUAAUCUUAUGACAAAUUUUAAACCUUCUCUACCUGAAGUUUUUAUGAAAUAUUGAGCCAUUUUUUAGUUUUUUAUUUAAAGAAGAAAAGCUACCACAGGGUUGCGGAAAUGCAUGCGGAGUAAUACCGGCUCUGGUUUUAUGACUUACAUGCACUGAAAAUUAUUUUGAGAUUUAAAGUGCUAUCAUGGCCUCUUGUUGGAUGUAGCCAGUUAUGAAAUGUAAGACACAUUUGUUCUACAGUGCGAUGUUUGUCUACAACUAUUUUUAUAUCAUUAUCGCUCAUGUUUAAUACACAUCUUUGCAGUCAUGGAUUUACAGUUUUUACUUUUCCUCAUUUGUUUUGUUUUCUUGUAUCGUACAUUAUAUCGCAUAUACGGAAUAUUAAUAAUUGUUUGAUAUAUGUCUGUCACAAAUAUUUUCGGAUUUGAGCCGUUUAGAUAGUUUACCUUAAUUAGAGGUGGUUAUAUCGGAUAUCAAUCAGUUUUGGAUGAGUGAUACACUUUU